UCUCGUGACGUCACAUCUCAGCCGCCUUAGUUGUUCAAGCAAUGAAAAACAGUCUCACUUUUAGUAAAAGGAGAGUCUGAUGGUCAUCUGUUGAUAUGGCAGCAGUUCUCGUAUGGAGAAAUUAUCGGUUUAGAUUCAAAAACGUGGUGGUUUCAGCUGUCAGACUCCUUUCGAGUACUGCCGGAAAAUUUGACUAUGAUCUUUUGGUUAUUGGAGGAGGAUCAGGGGGUUUGGCUUGCUCAAAAGAAGCUGCACAGCUUGGAAAGAGAGUGGCAGUUCUUGAUUAUGUGGACCCUUCUCCUCAAGGUACCAAAUGGGGGCUUGGUGGCACAUGUGUAAAUGUCGGUUGCAUUCCAAAGAAACUCAUGCACCAGGCAGCACUGUUAGGAGGUGCCCUGAAGGACACACAGAAAUAUGGCUGGCAUAUACAACACCCAGUUCAACAUGACUGGUCUGUGAUGGCGAAGGCAGUUCAGAAUUAUGUGAAAUCUUUGAACUGGGGGCAUCGUGUUCAGCUUUCAGAUCGAAAGGUGAACUAUUUUAACAUGAAGGGCUCUUUUGUUGAUGAUCACACAGUUUGUGGCACACUGAAAUCCGGUAAAGAGAUCCUCAUUACAGCUGAAAAUGUUGUUAUAGCAACUGGAUUAAGGCCAAAGUAUCCUACUCAUGUUCCUGGAGCAUUGGAAUACUGCAUUUCAAGUGAUGAUAUAUUCUGGAUGACAGAGCCUCCAGGAAAAACGUUACUAGUGGGAGCUAGCUAUGUUUCCCUGGAGUGUGCUGGCUUUCUAACGGGUAUUGAGCUGGACACUACCGUCAUGGUGAGAAGUAUUCCACUGAGAGGAUUUGAUCAGCAAAUGUCAUACUUAGUGACUGACUACAUGGAAUCGUACGGCACCAAAUUCCUAUGGCGAUGCAUUCCGACAAGAGUGGAGAAACUGGACAAUGGCCAACUUAAUGUGAGCUGGAGGAGUGUAGAAUCAGGCACGGAGGAAAAGGACACUUUUGAUACAGUUAUGUGGGCUGUAGGAAGAGCUCCUGAAACAAAAACUCUGAAUCUAGAGAGGGUUGGAGUGCAGAUGAAUCCAGAUACGGGUAAGAUAGUCGUAAGUCAUGAUGAAGCAUCUUCUGUCCCCCACAUUUAUGCCAUUGGAGACAUAGCAGAGGGUCGUCCUGAACUGACUCCAACAGCUAUUAAGGCUGGAAAACUUCUUGCGCAUAGGUUGUUUUCAGGGUCAACUGAACUGAUGGAUUAUGAUAAUGUGCCUACAACAGUGUUUACUCCUCUAGAAUAUGGUUGUGUAGGAUUUUCGGAGGAAGAAGCUAUCCGGCGCCAUGGCAGUGAUAAUAUUGAGGUGUAUCAUGCUUAUUAUAAACCACUCGAAUUUACUGUUGCAGAGCGAGAAGCUGGUCAGUGCUACAUCAAGAUGGUGUGCUUGCGAGAAGGUGACCAACGAAUUCUAGGACUUCAUUUUGUGGGGCCAAAUGCUGGUGAAGUAAUUCAAGGAUUUGCUCUUGCAGUGAAAUGUGGGGCCACUUACACCCAGCUGUUGACAACAGUCGGCAUUCACCCAACCUGUGCUGAAGAAGUCACAAAGCUACAUAUCACAAAGCGUUCUGGCCUGGAUGCUACAGUUACAGGCUGCUGAGGUUAAGCACCAUCUCUGAUCUGAAAAGCACACACAAGACCAUAAAACAUGAAAAACAAACCAAUGAACUUUUUACAAGGAAAAGGUCAGAUCGCCUACUGUGUGUCUGUAUAUAGCACACCCUUACUUGAAGAGAAAGAUUAUUCUUCCUUUGGAAUCUUCCUGACAAGUUUUGGUUGUUAUUGUACUGUACACUUUCCAUAAUGCACAAUUUGUCUUGUGCUUUUAGCCUGUUCCCACAUGAUUGCCUGCUUUGUGUCUGUAAAUUGUAUUAUCUUUGUAAAUUCUUUGUUUCUGAAAUCUAAUUGAGUGUACCCAUUGUGCUGCAGUUCUGUGUACCCAUAAACUCUUGCAUCCUGCUAUAGUUGUGUAUCACGGCAGGUUAAAAACACUUAAUCAUGUAAUUAGGGGCAGCAUAACACCCCCAAUGCACAUGCAUAAAAUCCCCAAAAAAACAGAAUGCCCUCUCUGCUUAUUUCAGCAUGUGCUAAUCUGGGCUGUAGAAGAGUAAAGUUUUAUUUAUCAUCACAAGCACAGACGCAUCCUAGAUGAAACAUCUGCUAAUAUCCACUGUGCUAAUAUAAUAUAUUACUGUUUGACCCCAGAAGCACUGAAUUUUAAGCUCAUGUUGUAGUUUGCUCAUGAUGGUAUCCCAUGUUGGUAGCAUUUACAUUUUUUAACCUUGAAUGUGUCAUGGUUCGGAGAUCAUGUGAUUCAUUCUUCAUAGGUGUAAGAUUUCACUGUCCUGUGUAUGGCCUACCUUUUAUAUUAGUAUAUAAAAAAUAAAGCAUAUAUGAGCAGUAACAUGAAUGUACUAGCUAGUACUAUCAGUUGUCAAAGUCCUGUUUUAAAGUUGUUUUCUUCACUAAACCAUAUUGUUCCAAAAGAUAGCAGUCUUUUAAGGUAAUUAUCUUUGCCUGCAGGCUGGUUAAAAUUUAUGGGUAGCUUACAGUGUCAUUUAGGUGUUGUCUAAAAGGAAAAAUAAAUACUCAAAAUUUAAGGAGAUAUUUCCUAGCCCUCCUAAAUAUAUGUACUUUUCAAAAUAACAUUGAGAACAGUUGAUAUGAUGAAACGUGUAUACUUACAAAUAAUGUGACAGCUAUAAUUUGCUAUUGAAUUGGAAUUUGUGAAAACUUUUCAGAAUCCGGUUAUGCGGCUAUUUCUGGCAGACUUGCAUCAGUACGUAGUGCAGAAUGUUCAGACUCCCAUCUUUCUUUGUUGUCAUUGGGUCGUGUGCUUUUCUCAGAGGUGGUUUUUCCAGAAGAAAAGAAACUUGGUGUUUGUGGUGUGGUGGUAGACAAGUGUCCAUGAUGGUCUUACAAAAUUAGCUUGUCAUCACUUGCACUUAUUAGACAUCAUGGUAAUCUUUGCUAGAUCAUGAUGGUUUGUGUAUAAACCUGUUUAGUAGGAUAGACAAACCUGAGCACUGCUAGCAUGUAAUCCAAAUAAAUACAAUAUAGGUGAUGUUAUUAAAUAAACUGUACUUAUUAGAAAAAACAAUAAAACUGUAUUUCUUGA